CGGUGCCCACCUCGCCAUGGCUGCCCGGCAGCUGUUGGCGCUGCGGCGCCUGCCCGCCGCCUCUUUCUCGACGGCGCCCAAGAAGACGCAGUUCGGGUCGCUGCGGGAUGAGGACCGGAUCUUCACCAACCUCUACGGGCGGCACGACUGGAGGCUGCAGGGUGCCCUGCGCCGCGGCGACUGGUACAAGACGAAGGAGAUCCUCCUCAAGGGGGUGGACUGGAUCCUCGGCGAGAUCAAGACCUCGGGGCUGCGGGGCCGCGGCGGUGCCGGUUUCCCCACCGGCCUCAAAUGGAGCUUCAUGAACAAGCCCCCGGAUGGCAGGCCCAAGUACCUGGUGGUGAACGCGGACGAGGGGGAGCCGGGUACCUGUAAGGACCGGGAGAUCAUGCGCCACGACCCCCACAAGCUGGUGGAGGGCUGCCUGGUGGCGGGGCGCGCCAUGGGCGCCCGCGCUGCCUACAUCUACAUCCGUGGCGAGUUCUACAACGAAGCCUCCAACCUGCAGGUGGCCAUCCGGGAGGCCUACGAGGCCGGGCUGCUGGGGCGGGAUGCCUGCGGUUCGGGGUACACCUUUGACGUCUUCGUGGUGAGGGGUGCCGGAGCUUACAUCUGCGGGGAGGAGACGGCGCUGAUCGAGUCCAUCGAGGGCAAGCAGGGCAAGCCGCGCCUGAAGCCCCCCUUCCCCGCCGAUGUGGGUGUCUUCGGCUGCCCCACCACAGUGGCCAACGUGGAGACGGUGGCCGUGGCCCCCACCAUCUGCCGGCGGGGGGGCGCCUGGUUCGCCGGCUUCGGGCGGGAGCGCAACUCGGGGACAAAACUCUUCAACAUCUCGGGUCACGUCAACAACCCCUGCACUGUGGAGGAGGAGAUGUCGCUGCCGCUGAAGGAGCUCAUCGAGAAGCAUGCCAGGGGUGUCCGUGGGGGCUGGGACAACCUGCUGGCUGUCAUCCCGGGGGGCUCCUCCACGCCGCUGCUCCCCAAGUCGGUGUGCGAGACCGUGCUGAUGGACUUCGAUGCCCUGGUGCAGGCGCAGAGCGGGCUCGGCACGGCCGCCGUCAUCGUCAUGGACAAAUCGACCGACGUCGUUAAAGCCAUUGCUCGCCUCAUCGAGUUUUACAAGCACGAGAGCUGCGGGCAGUGCACGCCGUGCCGGGAAGGUGAGCAGGGGGGCUGUGGGGUGGAGUGGGGGCCGUGGGGUGGGGGGGCUGCACCGCGGGCCCCUCACGGCCUUCCCAUCCCCGCAGGCGUCGACUGGAUGAACAAGGUCAUGGCACGGUUCGUGCAGGGCAACGCGCAGGCGGCCGAGAUCGACGCGCUGUGGGAGAUCAGCAAGCAGAUCGAGGGCCACACCAUCUGCGCCCUGGGCGACGGCGCGGCCUGGCCGGUGCAGGGCCUCAUCCGCCACUUCCGACCCGAGCUGGAGGAGAGGAUGCGACGCUACGGGGAGGCCAAAGCCCAAGCGGCAUCGGCGUAAGGAACCGGCGGUGGAGCAAGGGCUGCCAGCGGCAGUGGCCCUGCCGUUUCCUGCCUGG